AUGUAUUUCAAGACAGAGGUGAUCACCGCCGUUGCGGCUUGGGCUCUUUCCGCCGCCUCUCUGAGUUUCUAUAGCGACUGUGAUUAUAUCGAGGGCGGUCUUUGCCCGCGAGGCGAUGCUGAUUUGCAGGCCCUCGGGAAGGAGCUUUCGAGCACUGCCAAGCUGUAUUUUCCCGGAUCGACUGGAUUCAAGGAUCUCACAACGCGGUGGUCUACCCUGGCAGAGCCUACGGUGAACGUCGUCGUCGUGCCCGGCAAUGAGAACGAUGUUGUCAAAACGGUGAAAUUCGCCAACAAGCAGGACCUGCCCUUCCUCACGUUCAAUGGUGUCCACGGAGCCCUCGUUUCAUUGGGUAAGAUGGACCAUGGCGUCGGAAUCUCUCUGAGCCAGCUGAACAGCGUCAAAAUCGCCGAUGAUGGAAAGACAGUCACGAUCGGUGGAGGAACCAUGUCCAAGAAGGUCACCGACACCCUUUGGGCUGCAGAAAGGCAGACAGUUACUGGAACCUGUGAAUGUGUCAGUGUUCUAGGACCAGCUCUUGGGGGUGGACAUGGAUGGCUGCAGGGCCACCACGGACUCGUCUCUGAUCAAUUCGUCUCGAUGAAUGUCGUUCUCGCCGACGGCACCUUAAAGACGAUUGAUGAAACCUCCGACCUCUUCUGGGCGAUGAAGGGUGCUGGCCACAACUUCGGCAUUGUGACUUCUCUCACCAGCAAGAUCUACCCAAUCGAGCACCGCGACUGGGCUAUCGAGACGAUCACUUUCAGCGGCGAUAAGGUCGAGGCUGUCUACCAAGCUACCAACGACUAUCUUCUGAACCAGGCCGCGGAGGUCAUCAGCUGGUCGUACUGGAUGAAUGUCCCCGAAAUUGACGCUACCAACCCCGUCAUCGUACUCUAUCUGAUCCAGGAGGGAGUGACAGUCGUCGACCCAGUUUACACCAAGCCUUUCCACGACAUCGGACCGCUUGCCACUGUACCCCAGGCAGGCAGCUACCAGGACCUCGCUGCAUGGACCGGCAUUGCCCUAGACUCUCCCCCAUGCCAGAAUAUGGGCAUGGCCAACCCCCGCUUCCCCAUCUACCUCGAAAAAUACGACGUCGCGGCUCAGAAGAUGGCAUGGGACAUCUACGCACCUGCCGUCCGUGGAGACUCUCCCUUCAACUAUUCAAUCUUCAUGUUCGAGGGUUACUCCGAAGGAGGCGUCCACGCCAUCCCUAGCAGCUCGAGUGCUUUCCCCUUCCGCAGCGAGAAUAUCCUUGCCGCCCCGCUCAUCAACUACGUGCCUGUCGAUGCAGCACUUGAGAACAAGGCGUCUGCUUUGGGUAAACAGCUCCGCAACAUCCUCCACGAAGCCACUGGCCGCACGGAUAUUCGCGCAUAUGUCAACUAUGCCCACGGAGACGAGACAACGCACCAGCUGUAUGGUGACAGCCAAGAGCGCCUGCUCGCCCUGAAGACGAAGUACGACCCGACUGGCAAGUUUAGCUUCUACGCACCGAUCGCAUAG